AUGCCGAGAGGCGGAAGGAGAGGAGGCCGAACAGGACGUGGAAGAGGAAAAGGGAGCACCAAGCUCAAGCAGAGGAAAUUAGAGAGCAGCCUAAGGGAGAACUCGUUGAAAAGGAAAGAAAGUAGCCCGGGAGAACAAGAGGAUAAAAAUAAGAAAGAAAAAACGGAGAUGGAAAGGACAUACGAGGAGAAGGGAAUAUUUGCUAAAAGUAACAAAGUAAAGAGGUCGCCGCAAUCGGAAAGUAAGUUGAAAGAAGGGGAAGAUAAAGAAGAAGACGAGGAGAGUGGAGCUGAAAAAGAGAAAGAGAGUGGGACAAUGGAAAGUAUUUUAAAGAAGCUGGAUGAAAUGAACAGGAAGAUGGACAAGGAACAGGAAGAGAGAAAGAGGUUGAUGGAAAGAUGGGAACAGAGGUAUGAUGCGCUGGAGGUUAAAAUGAACAAGAAAGUAGAUGAAGGGCUGAAGUGGAUGGAAGGCAAAAUAAAGGAAGAGAGCGAGGAAAGGAAGAGGUUUAGAAGGGAAUGGAAAGAAGCUAUGGGGAGGGAGGAGGUUAACAGGAAGGCAGACAAGGAAGAAUUGGAAAGCGAGCUAGAGAAGGAAAAAACAGAGAGGAAAGAGGAGACAAAGAGGAUUUUAAAAAAACUAGAAAAACAGGAGGAAAGGCAGAAGGAGAAGGGCGCGCAAACAGGACGCGCAGUAGAGGGAGGAAAUAAAGAAACAACAGCAACGACAGGGUUCGACAGGAAACAGAUGGCAGAGUUGGAAUGGAGGAUAGAGGAGGGAGAAAGAGACAGAAAGAAAAAUAACCUGGUAAUUUCAGGAUGGCAAGAAGAAAAAUGGGACAAAGAGACAGUGGAAUCAUGGAUAAGGAAGAAGCUAAAUAAGAUAAGAAAGACAUGGACAAUAAAAGGAAAGACCCGCAGGCUAAGGCUAGAAUACGGGAAAUGGGAGGAAAAAGGGGCAAUUAUGAGAGAAAACUCGAAGCUACAAGGCACAAAUAUCUUCAUAGAUCACGACCUAACCUGGAAAGAAAGGAGGAAUAAGGAAAAAACAAGAGAGGCGGCGAUAAAGCAAAGAAAGGAGGGAAAAGUGGUGAAGAUAGGAUACAAUAGGCUAUGGAUAGAUGGGACAGAGCACACAUGGAAUGAAAGGGAACAAGAAUUUUUUCGGAGCAAGAGAAGGACAGGGAAAAGUAACAAAGAGAAAAAGGAGGAACAUACGGAUAGUUAA